AUGAAGCUGACGGACAACGUGCUGCGGAGCUUCCGCGUGGCUAAGGUCUUCCGCGAGAACUCGGACAAGAUCAACUGCUUCGACUUCAGCCCCAACGGCGAGACCGUCAUUUCCAGCAGUGACGAUGACUCUAUCGUUCUCUAUGACUGCCAGGAGGGCAAACCAAAGAGGACCCUGUACAGUAAGAAGUAUGGAGUGGACCUCAUCAGAUAUACACAUGCUGCAAACACUGUCGUGUACAGCUCCAACAAAAUAGAUGACACAAUCCGAUACCUCUCCCUGCAUGACAACAAAUACAUUCGGUAUUUCCCAGGGCACACAAAAAGAGUGGUUGCUCUUUCAAUGUCUCCAGUGGAUGAUACUUUUAUUUCUGGAUCUCUGGAUAAAACUAUUCGACUUUGGGAUCUCCGCUCUCCAAACUGCCAGGGUUUAAUGCAUCUCCAAGGGAAACCAGUGUGUUCUUUUGACCCAGAAGGGUUGAUUUUUGCUGCUGGAGUCAAUUCUGAAAUGGUGAAGCUUUAUGAUCUCCGUUCUUUUGACAAGGGGCCAUUUGCUACAUUUAAGAUGCAGUAUGACCGAACAUGUGAGUGGACAGGCCUGAAGUUCAGCAAUGAUGGGAAACUCAUCCUCAUCUCAACAAAUGGUGGCUUCAUUCGGCUGAUAGAUGCCUUCAAAGGAGCUGUCCUGCACACGUUUGGGGGUUAUAACAAUAGUAAGGCUGUCACGCUGGAGGCAUCAUUCACACCAGACUCUCAGUUCAUCAUGAUAGGUUCAGAGGAUGGGAAGAUCCAUGUUUGGAAUGGAGAAAGUGGGAUGAAGGUGGCUGUCCUAGAUGGAAAACACACAGGUCCUAUAACCUGUCUGCAGUUCAAUCCAAAAUUCAUGACUUUCGCUAGUGCAUGUUCCAAUAUGGCCUUCUGGUUGCCAACUAUUGAUGACUAAUUCCUACACUGUGGCUGCUGUCGGAUGGCUCCCAAGCUGCUAACAGCAGCAAGUCAUUGCAAGCAUAGUUUUGGAAUUGCCUACAUCUCCUAGACUGUGUUCCUGUUCCUGCAUAUUUUCCAUGUCUUACCUUUAUAUACAGCAUUCCGUUGCGAGGACUGCUCCUCUGGGCCUCCUGGCACACUCAAGAAGCAGCCUGCUACAAGUUCUUACCUUCCAGUCCAUGCCUGGCACGCUUUAGCCCAAGGUGGAACUGACACAGUGUUAUUUCUUAGAGCUGUAAAGUCUUGUUUUAUCUACAAAAUGUUGGUGGCAUUUUUUUAAAGCUGUAAUUAUGUGUUUUCCUGCUGUAAGUGCACAAGGCUAUUGAUGUUCCAACGUGGAGCGUGCAGUUCUUUUCCAUAAGUGCAUGUUUUUAACGUCUGGGAUCUCUGGUUUCACUGCAGUCCACAGAUGCAAGUACUUCUGUGCCAAAUGUGAACACUGACAAUUUUCAGCGGCAGAUGCUGGAUUCUCUUGCAGUGGAACAUGCACCAGAAGUGUGGGUAGCUGUGAAUGUACCUCAUACAUCUUGUCAUCCUUUUUUUUGGCAAUUUAGUGUGCAGCUGCACAGGUUUCAUCCACUGUCAGAGGUUGCCAAAGCCUCCCUGCUGUUUGCUGUGUCAACAUCCUGGAGGCGUAGACAGCGCUGCUGAGGUCCAGCCAGUGUCCCGAGCAAUAAAGGAGUCUGUCAACAGGAAGAUGGAGAAACCACCCUGAGACUGAAAGCACAGUCUGCCUGUGUAUCUUCCUUAUGUACCAUCCUGGCUAUUCUU